CUCAUCGGGCACCAGCUCCAGAUGCUGGUGCAGGUUCUGCAGCUGCUGCCCUGCUGCUUGCGGCUCUCGCGGCUCGUCGCCCGCGUGGGCGUCUUCGCGGUGGAGCUCAGGAGGCGGCAGCAGUGGCAGCAGGACUGGGACUCGCUGUCGUGGAUGGAGUUCGGUCGCCGCCUGGCCUUCGACAACGCCACGGUGUGCACCCCGUCGGGGCGCACGCUGGUCUCCGGCCUGACGCUGCAGAUCCAGCCCGGCGAGGGGCUCCUCCAACCCCCGGUCGUCUGUGGCCCCAGCGGCUCGGGCAAGACGGCGCUGGCGCGCUGCCUGGGCGCGCUGUGGCCGGUGCUGCGGGGCAAGGUGGUGCGCCCCGUGGAGGGCGGCGUAGGCGGGGGCAGGGCGUUCGUGGGCGGCCGCACUCGCCGGCGGAGCAACCGCGCGGGCCUCAAGGGUUGGUCGAGUGGCCUCGCGGACGACGGGGCCGUGGUCUACCUGCCCCGCGGCCCCGUGCUGCCGCUGGCUGACUGCCGGGACCUGCGGGAGCAGGUGGUCGUCUCGUCCAGCGGGCAGUGCACGGGGCUGUCCGCGGCGUCGAUGCAGGAGCUCGACAGCCUGAUCCAGGCCGUCGGGUUGGACCACCUCUCCGAGGGCUUGGGGCGGGACGCCAGCCUGGAGAAUCUGCAGCGGCUGGCGCUGGCCCGCCUCUUGUGGCGCAAGCCCGCGUUCGCCGUCAUCGACGGCGCCACCUCGGCGCUGCCCCCAGCCGACGAGGACGCGCUGCUGGACGCGUGCAGGGGCGCGGGGAUCACGCUGGUCACUCUGGUGCAGAGGGAGGCGCUGCACCGGCACCACUCGCGCAUGCUGACGCUGGAGGGGCGCGGUCGCUGGCGCCUGGAGGACAUCUCCAGCAGGCCCGCCGCGGACCCCGGGGCGCCCCAGAGGCCCGAGUCGUCCCCGAAGCUGCGCGCCCCGCUGGCGGCCGCGGGGGGCUCGGGCAGGCUGCCGCGCGAGUCCUCGUGCGGCAGCGCGGGGGGCUCCAUGCGGCCCUCCGUGGCCAGCGUGGGCGACCUGCUGGCCCUGCGCACGGAGGUCCGGCCCUGGGUCUUCCCCACCACGCACUCGUGGCUGAUGGAGCCGGUGCGGACCCUGCUGGACCAGCUGCGGCUGCAGCUGCGGCUGUUCUUCUGCCUGCGGUGGGUUUCCCCAGCGGAGGUGGGCGCCUUUGUGCUGGUACUGGCGCUGGGCUUCUGCGGCGCCUGGGCCGAGGAGCGCGCCAUCGGGCUGGGCGCGGCCGCGCUGCGCGCCGUGGUGGAGCGCCGCCGCGGCGCGGCCAGGCAGCUCGUGCCGCGGCUGCUGCUCUGCGCCUGCGCGCGCAGCGGCACGCACGCGGCGGCC